GGCGCGGACCGGACGGGCGACCCGCGGGACCUGGAGGCGCCUAGACGGGUGCAGUUUAGGGGGGUGCCCUUCUAAGGCUGUUGCUUUUUUCUUGAAUGGCGCGUCGACGGCGUUGGGUGGGGGCAUGUCCAUGGACUUCUUUUUGAGAGCUACUUCUGAACCGCCGGCGCGCGCGUCGGAUUCGCCGUGUAGUGGGGCGGCUCAAGUUGUGAAAUCCUGUCCAUUCGCGGCCCUGGGGUCUCCCGGGGGUCGAAUAGGGUCGGUACUAGACGUGGGCAAGCGCCUACGCCGCAUGUACCAGUGCUUCCAUCGGUGGAUACAAAUCAGUACAGGUCCCCAGCAGUGCGCAGACAACUACCAUGCUAAAAAAAGCAAAAUAGUUUUUAGCAAAGCGGAUUCCUCACUUUGCUGGGGACUGACCUUUGUUAUCGGUCCUUUGACCUUUGUUAAAAAUAUUUUACGGUUUGCAUCAUUCUCCUAUAUGUUGAUGACAUUCUAAUGAUGGGCAAUCAAGAACUUUGCCAUCGAGUCAAAACUACACUCAAGACGCUUGUACCAAUCACUGAUUCAGGCACCAAUUAUCUUGGCAUGGAAAUAGACCAUGAUGCAGGAGCCGGUCGCGUGCGAGUCACGCAGCGAGGCUAUUCAGAAAAGAUACUUGAGCGCCUCGAAAUGAGCGACGCCAAACCGGUCAAGACACCGCUCCCUACAGACUUUACUGCAAGUGUUAUAGAGGCUCCAAGUGGCGGCCUACCCAAGGGCGCGGCGGCCUUUGAUUCGGCGAAGUUUCGGUCGGUCCUCGGCAUGCUCAUGUACAUCGCUACACGUACACGUCCGGAUCUUCUCUUCUCGGUCGGCGUCCUGGCCACAGUGUCUGCGCCGUCCGCGAGCUGCCCCGAGGCGCCUUGCCCGGGUCACCGCGCAGCUCUUCAGAGGAGUUUGCGUUAUCUGGUAGGCACGACGGAUCUCGGGCUGCUCUUCCAGCGGUUAAACAAUAGUGAAAUCAGACUUGAGGCGUGGUGCGACGCAUCUCAUGGGCGUGAGAUACAUCACACAGCAUCUGGUUAUUGCAAAUCUAGAAGCGGUGGCUUCAUUACGCUCAACAUGGCUGUCGUAAGCGCCUUCUCCGCUGUACAAGGGGCAACUGCUCUGUCGACCUUCGAGGCCGAGCUCUAUGCGCUUGUACAGGUGAUUCGCCAGGUUUUAGCAUUACGCCAUCUCAUCACAUUUCUAGUCGGUGUCACGCUACCGCCGACCAUUGUUCAUUGCGACAACAACUCCGUACUUCUACAGCUGAAGCGUCGCGACCUAUCCGCGAGGUCGCGUCACAUCCGUGUGCACUUGGGCUUUAUCUUCGACGCGCUCGAGGCAAACGAGAUCGACGCUCGGUUUGUCCGCUCCGGCGAGAACCCGGCCAAUGCCAUGACUGCAGCCGAGGACCGCGAUCGCUUCGCGCGCUCCGUCGACGUUAUGACUGGGCGCCCGCCGGAGGGCCCGGCGCGGGACGUGCGGCCCUCGGAGCGGGCUGCUUAAUGGAGGUGCCGCCGCGCGCCGCCGCGCGCGGCUGCGCCGUUGUGUGCGGCGCCCGCCGCCUGGCGGCGGGCGCCGCGCGCGGCUGUGUGGCUGCCCGGUGUUCUACAGUCGCGGCCUUCACUUCCUCAAUAUUUCUAUCCAUAUACAUACAUAUAUAUAUAUAUAUAUAUAUAUAUCUGGUGCGAAUGGCAUGAAGCAAACUCAUAAUGGCCAUAUUAUACCUUGCUGAAUGUUGCAUUUGCACCCUAUCGACGCCGCAUCUGCUGCGACGUCUCAACUCGAUCGUAAUCGUCGGCAAUUCCGAACCGCGAACACGUUCCAUGCAGGAUGGUCCAGGCCAGCAGUACCUGCUAGUGUUUCAAGGUUCAGCUCAUGCUGUCGUGCGCCUCGUCGUCUACGCGCCGAGGGCACUACGCGCUCUCUUCGCUGCGGGGGAGCAGAGGAUGGGCACCCUUCUCAGGACUCUUCCACGGCCUCUCCGAGUAGGCCGGGAUCAACACCCACUCCCUCGGGGACCCCGCGACCCCGGCUAGUGGGGCGUUAUCCGCCAAAAGGUAACUUGCCAUAAUAGUCUAAAAGCGCCCCCUUCUACUG